UUGAGUUUUUUUAUUAAUUAAAAUUAUAAAAUAAAAUCUUAAUUAAAAAAUAUAGACUAGAGAUACUAGAUGCUUUCCUAAAAGAUAGUUCUCUUUGGUUGCAAAGUCUCCAAGUUGACAAACUUGCAACAGCUGCUUCUGCCACCAGCUCUGCCUCAGCUGCUGCCUCUGCCUCUGCCUCUGCCGAGCCUAUCUAAGUGUAUAAUGCCUAUGGGGCUAUAGCACUUUGCCGAUAUCUGGAGCCGUUAUCUACCCACACCACUGCACCAAGACCUGCCUCUGUGGUUGUAUUUUCUUUUGCUGCCAGAGUCUAUGACUCUGCCUCUGCCUCUGCCACUGCCUCAGUCUCAGUCUCUGCCUCAGUCUCUGCCGCUUCAGCUGGGCAGCAUGGAACUAUACGGUCGCCCAGUAGUUUUGGAUGAAUAACUGUGACGGGUACGGGUAUCUGAAGAAUAAAAAAAAAACAAAAAACAAUCCUUAAAAACAAAUAUUAAAAACAAAAAUUAAAAAAAAUUGUGUUAAAUGCUAAAUUACAUAUUUAAGGGCAAAUAAAAAAUAAAAAGAAACCGCCAGAACAAAAAACCUCAAACACCUGUUAAGCCCAACCAGUAAUAAGAACAAAAAAUUACGUAAAAAAAUUGCGAUUAUCUAUAUAUAUAUUUUUUUUUUGCAUUCGUAUUCAUAGAGCUCCGUCUUCCGUUUGUGGGCCAAAGUAUAGCCUUAUAGACCGUAGAACCGUAGAACCGUAUAGACCGUAUAGCCCCCGUCUCGCCUUGUAUCCGUGUGUAUUGUCGUGUAUCUGUAUCUUUUUUGUUAACGUGUUCGGUUGACUCAAGUUUUCGUGGUCAGCAGCACAACGGGCGUCGCAGUUGCAGUCUCUGUCGGAGUCGCAGUCGCCGUCGCAGUCGCAGUCAGCGUCGGCUAGUCAUCGUCACUAAAUCGUCGGCUCUCCCUUUAAUUUAUCUAUUUUUUUGACAAAGGGGGUAACCUCUCUCUCAAAAUAUUAAUUAAAUAUCAAGUGUAUAAAAAAUAAAAACAAAAUAAACAAAAAACAAAUCAAAACAAACAAGAAAUAUCAACAAAGUGGCGCUGAAUGAUUCCCCAGAAUGGCUUCCUUUAAAGAGAAAUUCAAAUUAUGGUCCAGAGGGAAAUCUAGUUUAAAUCUUCGAGAGUCUUCCUCCUCCUCCGGCGGCAAGGACAAGGACCGCCUCUCCCUCAACACAGACAACAAGUACACACACACCAGUGGGAAUGCCACGGGAAGUGGCAGCGUCUCUGGCACGGGGGCCAGUGGCCUCAACUCGGCCCCACCCACGGCCAAACGUAUGCCGGAUCUGAGCUUCGAGCGGGAGGACAGGGACAAGGACAGCGGCAACGAGAAGGAUGCGAACGGAGCACUCCAGCAAUGCAUCACAGAACUGGCGGCCUCCAUAAAGGCUCAGCCGGAUAAUGGUGGGGUGGCUGGUUGUGGAGCUCAAGGGGCAGGAGCAGGAGGAGCUGCCGAUGCUGACAAGGAAUCCGCUGCCUCGAAAGUGCCGCUGCGCAAGUCCACAUCACAGUACGUCACCGUCAUCCAGGUCAAGGAGGCCAAAGACAAAGACGGCGACAAUGGCGCCACCUCCUCGGUCAACGACCAGCCACAGCCCACUCCGCCCUCCACGUUCUCCCGCUUCGCAGGCGGCUCUGGUGGGGGAUCUGGUGGCGGUGUGGGUGUCGAACCCACAGCACCGCCCCUCUCGCCCUCGCUCACCUCGUACGCCGCCCACGUCGAGAAAAAGAAAAUGCCACCCAGACCUCCGCCAAAGAAUGUUCGCCGCGUGGAACCGCCAACCAUUCCCAGCCAGCAGCUGUCCUCCUCCCCGAAACGGGAUACCCCCUUCGCUGGCAGCACCAUGCCACUGCCGAGCAGCUCCGGCGGCAGCCUGUCCUCCGACAGUCCCGGCAACUCGCUGGAACGGAACAUCAAGCCCUCGGACAUCCUGCGCCAGAAGUCUUCCGAGAACCUGGACUCCAAGUAUGCGGCCAAUCGCAAGACCACUCCGGAGCUGGGCAAGUUCGUCAACGUCAACAAUCCCGAGCUGAUGGAGGAGCUGGGCCGCAAGAUGGUGGGCAAAGCGGAUGGCCUGGAGAUGGCCAAGAGGAGCGACUCCUCGGCCUCGCCGUCCAGCGGCAGUGGCGGCGGCAGCCUGGGACGUACAGCCUCCACGCCGGGCAGGGCUCUGACACCGGGACGGACGGGAGCAGGGGUGGGCGCCUCGCCCACGGGCAGCCUGAACAAGAGCGCCAAAUUGGCGGCGGCGGACAGCAGCUCCACGAGCAGUCUGGAGAAGAAGUCGCGCACCUCCCUGCAGGCCAGCGAUGCGGAAGCCAAUCAGCGAAGUGCCGGCUCCAAGGAGUCCCUGGCCUCGCAGGGCAUAUCCGAAGUGGUGAGUGUGUCUCUAUUCUUUUUAUUUGUUCUUAAAUCUUAUCCAAAAACCUAUUUACAGAUCAAAAGCUAUGAGAGUGUAUCCUCGCUGAGCUCGGAGAGCGCCAAGGCGGCGUCGGCGGCGGCGACUAGUUCCCAGCAGAAUGCGGCAGCUUCCGCGGCGGACAAUGAACCGUAUUAUGACAGCGUACCGCUGGAUAACGGCGAGGGCGAGUACGUGUUCAUUAAGCCCGGCCGCACUGGCUCCUCCUCCAGUCGCGAUGACCUGUCGACGCCCGGCAGCAGCACGCUGCCCCUGGCCAGUGUGGCGGAUCCCGAAUCUCCCGGCCGGACCUCCAACUACGUCAACAUCGACUACUUCCUACAGCAAAGCAAUGAGACACGUUCCAGUUCACUGGACAGCGAUGGCGAGUACGAGGGCCCGCCCAUAUUGCGCACCAUUUCCCACGACGAACAGACCACCACCGCCACGUCACAGACAACGCCGGGUGCCCUGCGCAAGAACCUAGUUUCAGCGAUACUUGUUUGCGGAAAUGCGCGAGGUGCCAAGAUACGUUCCAUACUCAGCUCCAUCAUCCAGAGCGAGACGAUAUACGUCGAGUGCCUCAACAAAAUGAUGCAGUAUAAGAAGGCCAUCCACGCCACGUUGAACACAUCCCAGCCUGUGAUCAAGGAGGAGGAGGAGAACACGAUCUUCUUCAAGAUCGACGAACUGUACGAACUGCACACCGCCUUCCUGGCGGACUUGAAGACGAUCGUAUCGCACGAGGGCGGGGAUGUCCUGAUUGGGGAGCCCUUCAAGCGCAUGGCCGACAUGUUCGACCUGUACAGCGCCUUCUUGCACAACUACAAGAACGCCAUUGAUACGGUGAAGAAGUGCAGUGGCACGAAUCCGCAGUUCAAGAAGAUCGUAUCGACCAUUGUCGUCAAUCUGCAGACCGAGCAGUCCCUGACGCUCGAGGAUCUGCUCCACAAGCCGGUGGCCCGUGUCCAGAUCAACGCACUGGUCUUCAAUGAUCUGCUGCGAGAGACGCCGCCGAAUCAUCCCGACCACCAGCCGUUGCGCCAGGCCCAGAAGAUCAUCCAGAUGUUCCUCAAUCAGUUCAACGUGGUCAACCAGCGCCUGCCCAGCGAGUCCAAUCGCAACCUGAGACGCAUGGUGCGCAACUCCUUCAUUGUGGAGCUGGUCGACGGUCACCGCAAGCUGCGCCAUCUGUUCCUCUUCAACGAUGUGAUUGCCUGUGCCAAGUACAAGGCUCUGGGCAGGGAUCGCAUCGACUACGAACUGAAGUGGUUCAUCCCGCUGAAGGAUAUCUCCAUCUACGAGGAGGCCGAUCCGGCCGCGGAGCUGAAGGAAUCUAGUCCUGCGAACAUAUCGCAAGUGAAGCGCAACCUGCGUUCGGUGCGCGAUCAAUUGGCCCUGGAGGCGGCCAGCAACAGUGGCGGCGGAACAGUGCGCUCCGGCGACAAGUACCGUCGCAAGCUGGCCGAUCUGGAGUCACAGUUGGUGUUGGCCACGCCCAACUUGGUCCUGCGACUGGGCAACAAGGCCAACAACAAGACCAUGACCUUCUUCCUUAGCUCGGACUUUGAGCGAACACAGUGGAUUGAUUCGAUCACUUCGCUGAAGCAAAAGUGCAACCUGCCGGGUGCCAACACAAUAAAUGCUCUGGAGGUCACCGCCUUCAUUGUGGCCAUGCAAAAGGGCAUGAAGACUGAAAUGGGUUCGUAUCUGAUGCGAAACACCAACGACGAGAGCCUCCUGGUCGGUGACCUCCACAUGGGCGUCCAGGGACUGCAGGGCCUGGAACAGCCCACCGAUCUGUACAUCUGUAUCGAGGUCGACUCCUAUGGCCACUACUUCCGCAAGGCCACCACCAAGAUGAUCUGUCGCAGCCAGACUCCGCUCUGGAACGAGAGCUUUAUGCUGGAGCUCGAGGGCAGCCAGAAUGUGCGGAUUCUGCUCUACGAGGCCAAGGAACGGCCGCUCCUCAGGGCCAAGCACAUACUCAAGUUAAGCCUCAGCUGGUUGACCGAGACUACCCAGACGCGGUCCAUCAAGCUCAGCGAGACCCUGGAACUGGGCUGCAGCUUCCGCUUCGUUCCCGGGGAACUGUGCCGUGCCACCACUAAGCCGGGUGCACUGUUUGGUGCCAAAAUGAGCCAAGUAUUGAAACGUGAGAAACGCGACAUUCCGUUCAUCAUCAGUGCCUGCAUACGUGAGGUGGAGCGACGCGGGAUGCUGGAGGUCGGUUGCUAUCGCGUCAGUGGUUCCGCCUCCGAUCUUUCCAAGCUCAAGAAGGCCUUCGAGUCGGAUGCCUAUGAGGCAGAGCAGCUGCUACGCGAGGUGGACAUCCACUCGGUGACUGGAAUUUUAAAGACUUUCUUGCGAGAACUGCCCGAAGCCCUGUUCACGGAUCAGCUGUAUCCGCGUUUCUUCGAGACAUUCAGCGCCUUCAGCAACAACAACGAAGCCAUACGGACAAGCGAGCUACUCAAGGUCUUCGAAGAGCUUCCCCAGGCCAACAAGGCCUCCAUCAGUCUGAUUCUUGAUCACUUGAUAAGAGUCCAUGAGAAGGAAGCGGACAACAAGAUGUCGCUGCACAACCUGGCCAUGGUCUUCGGGCCGACUCUACUGCGUCCCGGACAGACGCAGGUGAAGCAAAAGGAUCCACUGGCCGCCAGCACAGUGGAUGUGAUGGCCCAGGCGGGUAUACUCUACUGCUUCCUGCAGGCUCGCAUCAAGAAGGACUAGAUUGGAGGAUGAGUCCAUGCAUUAUACAUAUGGAUUAUAUAUAUACAUAAAUUAUAUAUUUUUUUUACGUAGCAAUAGAGAGCAGUUGAAAAAAAAAAAAUGAAAGAAUGAGAAUGAGAACGAAAUACGCCUACUACUCCAUGCCCCUCCUAUUGCACACACACAACACCCACAACACAACACACGCUGCUGCCAAUUGUAUAUACCAGAAACUGAGAAUGGAAUGAGGAGCUGGCUGAGAAGGAGUCUGUUUCAAGGACGUGGAUAAUCUGCUCAAUGGCGGGCACAAGAACAAGAACAAGCACAAGCACAAGCACAUUAAGAUACAAAUGCACACACGCACACACGCACAUACACACAUCAACACACACCUGGGAUGAUCAAGUGUCUAACACUAUAGCUACUAAUGCUAGAACCCCCUUAUUAUAAAAAAAAGGCUUCUAUGGCUGCUAUCUUGCAUGCUCCCUGUCCCUGUCCCCUCCAUACAUAUGCUUAUGUAUUACGGAUAUCUGAUAUAUAUAUAUGAUCUGAUAUAUAUCUUAAUGCGAUCAAAGCAAGCAAACUAACAAAAAAAGAUUGGAAAGAUAAAUAAAUCCCCUAUGUACCCACGCCCCUGCCUGCCGCUAGCUUACUGCAACAAUUGCAACAAAAACAAAAAAAAACGAAAGAAAUUGCAAAUAUUUUCAAUAUAACAAGUAUACAUAAUAUAUAUAUAUCUAAAUAUAUAUAUAUAGAGACACAUAUACCUACCUAUACCUAAUUAAUUAAUAUACUUAGUACUAUAAUUUACUAAUGUGAGGUAGCGCGUUUGCCGGCUGAUUGAUCAAUGAUUGAUGUACGAUGUGUAUGCUUAUAAUUCUGUUUUUUUUUUUCGUCUUGUUUUAUAUUAAUUAUUUAGGUUUUAUAUAAACAGAAGCGUAAAAUAAAGUAUAUUCUAUUUAGAAA